CUCCCUCCCUCUUAAUCCUCAAGACUGAGUCCCAGAACAGAGAAAGGGAAAGCUACUGAAGCAGAGAGAGAAGGAGAACUAAGAAACAACAGAGAGAAGGACGAGAGGAAGCAAGUGAGGCGCAAAGAAAGGAGGGAAGGAGAGAAGACAAGGGGGGGCGGAGCACGCCUGGAGGACUGGGCUGUCCCCUCCGGGGGUCUCCUCGCCGCCUCCCGGCCCCAGGGACGGGGAUUCUGUGUGUGUGCUUCCUGGAGGAUCCCACUCGGACCCACCUCCACCUCUCCGAUAUUUUUGUUCCUUCCUUCCUUCGCCUCCUUUCCUUAGCGGAGACACUUUGGAGUUUGGGAUGGGCUGUCCCCCGAGCCCCGGCCCCCCGGGAAAGCAGGCGCCGGCGGCCUGGCAGUGAGCGGAGGGGGCUCCCCGCUGAGGGGUGGGAGAGCGUCGGGGGGCCCGGGGACGGGGUGUGCGGUGGCCAGCGGCUGCUGAGGAUGGUGCAUGAGGCUGGAAGUCGGACCGCUGUUCCCCAGCCUGUGUGGCCCAGUUAGUGAGUUGUUCCUCUGCCCUUAGGUGCCAAGAGCGGGCCUGGUUCCUACUUAGCUAGCCACCCAGCCAAACAAGUCCCGGAUCCUCCCCACGCCGAGCCCUGCCCCUGGACGGCCUCGGGGACAGAAGCUGUCCCAGUCCUCGCUGCCCGUGGCCCCUGCGACGCCCCCACAUCUCGCCGUGUGCUAGGUGCGCCCGGAGCCCGGGCUCCUGAGGGACCCUUCCCCCUGACCCUCCACCUCCCAGGCAGCUUUGGGAGGGGAAAGAAGCUGCUGGAGCGCCUUGGGUGAAGACUUGGAGGAAGGCUCUCUUUCGGCGUGCCCCAAAGGGCCGGGUCUCAGUUCAGGGGUUUGCUGGGUUUGUGUUCCCCUCCUCAAACCUCAGCUCCAGCCACCGCUCAGCCUCCCCAGACGGGGGCCGCCUCUCCCCAUGUGAAGGGCUGGCACUGGGCCCCAGACCAUGAUGUGGGGAGCCUCUUGCUGAAUCUGCCCAGAACCCAAAGCCAGUCGGGAGGAAGAGGAGGAGAAGACAGGCAUCUGGGACCAUGGCUGUGUCGGCCCAGCUGGCCCGGGCCCUCUAUGACAACACAGCAGAAUCUCCAGAGGAACUGUCCUUCAAACGUGGGGAUGUACUCCGAGUACUGCAAGGGGAAGGGGCUGGGGGGCUGCAGGGAUGGUGUCUCUGCUCCCUCCAUGGCCAGCAGGGCAUUGUGCCUGCCAACCGAGUGAAGCUUCUCCCCACUGGCCCCAGCCCUGAGUCCAGCCUUUACCAGGUGCCUCCUACUCCCCAGAGUACUUCUGAUUCAGCCCCUGGGCCUGGUCCGGUGGAACAGGAAGUAUACGUGAUCCCCCCGCCACCUCGGCCCUGUUCUGCCCCAAGACCUUCACCUGGGCCCUGCCCGCCAUCCCCGGAUGCCAUCUACAAAGUCCCUAGAAGUAGUGGGACACAGACAGACACCCCUGGAGAUACUCGAGAGGUUUAUGAUGUGCCCCCCACUGCUCUUCGAGUUCCCCCCAAUGACCCCUACGACUCCCCAGUCCCUUUCCCCCGACCCCUAACCCGAGCAUCCACUCAGCAACCUGGGGAAGACGAUGCUCCCUAUGAUGUCCCGCCAGCUCUGAAACCGUCUCCCGAACUCGACCUGGAGUGGGAAGGGGGCCGGGAGCCGGAGCCCCCCCUCUAUGCCGCCCCCUCCAAUCUGAAGCGGGCAUCUGCCCUGCUCAAUCUGUACGAAGCACCAGAAGAGCUUCUGGGAGAGGGCACCUCCAGCAGCAGCGAUGAAGCCAUCUAUGAUGUGCCCCUGCUGGGUCCUGAGGAGCCGCUGCCUCCUGCCCCUCCUACCCCGCCUGGCUCCAACCCUGCCCCCAGUGACCUGGAGACCCUUGCCUUGCUCCUGGCCCGAAGCCCACCCCCACCUCCACGGCCCAGGCUCCCCUCCACUGAGAGCCUGUCCCGGCGUCCACUGCCCGCUCUGCCUGUGCAGGAACUCUCCGCCCCCUCGCCCGUGCCCUCCCCUGCCUCUGGGCGAAAAGGCAGUAUCCAGGAUCGGCCACUGCCCCCCCCACCUCCCCGUCUGCCCAGCUACAUGGGGCUCAAAACAGAGGGGGCCGAGGAGGGCCGAGUGGGGGAUGCAGGGGCAGGGACAGCAGAGCCCCACAAUGAGUAUGAGGGCAUCCCCCUGGGCGAGGAGUACGACUACGUUCAUCUCAAGGGGAUGGAAAGAAUCCAAGGCUCUGAUCCUCUGGAUGGAGCCACACUGGGGGACCCUGAGCCAAGGCUUCGAGAGAGACUUCUGCAGGAAGAGCAGGAGGCCCCGACCCCAGGGGAGCCCCUCAACUUGCCGUCGGGCGACCUGCAGCUGCUGCACUUCUAUGCUGGGCAGUGCCAGAGCCACUAUUCGGCUCUGCAGGCAGCCGUGGCAGCCUUGCUGGCCAGUACCAGAGCCAAUCACCCCCCUCGACAAUUUGUGCCCCACAGCAAACGAGUGGUAGUAGCAGCCCACCGGCUGGUGUUUGUAGGGGACACCCUGGGCCGGCUGGCUGCGUCAGCUCCUUUGCGUGCCCAGGUUGGCACUGCGGGGGCAGCCCUGGGUCAGGCACUACGGGCCGCUGUGCUGGCUGUCAAGAGUGCUGCUCUAGGUUACCCCUCAGGUCCUGCUGCCCGAGAGAUGGCCCAGCGGGUGGCUGAACUGGCUGGGCAAGCAUUGCAAUUCACUACCCUGCUCAGUGGCCUAGCACCCUGAGCAUCACACCUCCCCACCUGCUGGACACCCUCCCUACCUUCUCUCCAAAUCCAACCCCCGACCAAUUCCAAUCCAGCCUAGAAUUCUCUCCUUUGCCUGAAAUGAUCAGCUCUUCCCUGGGUAUUUGGAGACCUCAGGGAGGUCUCUAACCCCCUCUGUCCUCCCUGCCAUGGCUGCCCUGUGGGAUGCAGGGAAUGGGACAGUUAUCCUCCCUCGAUCCUUUCCAUCCCCUCUGAUCAUCUCAUUCUCCCUUAGUUCCCCAUUUUGGAUUCUCCUUCUCCAUAUCUUCCUUCAGCAGCUUUUUGUACGAGCCAUUUUAUAUAAAUUAUUUAUAUUUAAUAUUAUUCCCCAAAUUGUCAGGGGAAAAAAAAGAGGAAGCACAUGGUCUGCCAUAGUGGGUGGGGGGAGGAUUUCUCAUCCUGCCCCCAUCUUGGGCACUUGGUCCCUUACCUCCUCCUGCUCAGUCUCAAGAAGAAAAAACAUGGCAAAAACAAAAUGCUGGAGGAACAGGAAACCCAUUCCCUUGCACCCUGUGAUGGGAUGAAUUCAGGACCCUUUGCAGCUCCAAGGGAGAUGGUUAAGUGAGGAAAAAGCAGGACACUGAGCCCACGGGCUCAGGCCACUGGGGAGUGGCUGAAGCUGGAGAUCUUCUGGAACUGAAUAUGGUAUCCUGGGAAGGCCCCUGAGAAAACUGUGGGGGAAAAAGAGAGGGAAGGCAAAGAGCGUCAAACUGGAACCGUGCACCUCAAUAAAACCUGCUCUUUGUCAUCCA